GAACCAUUUCCUGAAUACUACAAGUCGUGUGAGACAGAGGAAGCUCACGCAGACAAGGAAGUGGAAAAGGCGUACGAGACCGCUAUUUCCAAAGUUUGUGAAGAGGUCAUUCGAUUCAGGGAAGUUAGUUCAGACGUGACUUCUCCUCCCCCGUUCACCAUGGAAGACGUGAAAAAUCCUGGCUCCAAGUGCAAUGACAAGAAUGCCACUCGAAGUGACAGUCCUGUUCCGCUAUCCUUUCACAUGGACACCGAAGUUACGACUCCCCAGCUGAGUGAGCACUCAGAAGCUGAUCCCCGGCCUGGCUUAGCUAUCCCUGAGGACCGCAAGAAGGAUGUUCUCGAGGAGAUCAGAAUCAUGGUCAACUCGGAUCGCAUGAGGCCGGCCACCAAGAGACGAUUCGUCGCCAUGUGCAACAUUAUCCUCCGCAUCGAGUAUCUCCUUUUUCGUAGACAUCAGACUCCCGUCGAUCCAGUGAGCUUCCUGACCGGCGAGGAAGUCGAGGAAGUGAUGUACCUUGCAGGGGAGAUUAUGAAGUAUCUCACCAUCAUCGACAACAUCCUCCUACAGGAGCUCGAUUAUGCGCAGCGUGUCCAGCACACGGUCAAGUACAUCGCCGAUGACACGCGCUACAAUGUGGUGACUCGCUUCAAGAACAUGGCCGAGGUCAUCAUCAACAACCUCAACAAACCCCGCCCGUCCGAGCAACGCCUCUUAACCGUCUUUCUCGACUUCUUCGACUCCUACAUCUACACGGAUUUCAUUAGCAUCCGCCACCGCCAGCUUCGAACCGAAGAGAAUUGGAGCCCCACCCGCAUGCAGAUGACUCGUUGCAUGGUCGACAUCUGGGAUAUGAUCAAUCGGGCUAUCGAGAACUACGAUGCCAUUGUCAAAAUCACCAUGGAUAUCAAACAUGAAUAUGUCGAACCCCACUUCAACGAGAUGAACGAAGCCCCGCGUAUCUGGCGCAAUGCUAUGAUCCAGCACCACAUUGAGAUCCAGAGCGCGCGAAUGCGCCAGUCCGCACAGCAGGCUCAGGCUCGUGAG